GCAAUUGGUGGCUUUGAAGGCGCCCCGGGCGGGAAGAGCUGCUGAGAAGAGACACUGCUGGCGAUGACUGACUUGCCAAAGAGAUGGAUGAAACUCUUGCCGAGUUUAUCAAGAGGACCAUCUUGAAAAUUCCAAUGACUGAAAUGAUGACAGUCCUCAAAGCCUGGGAUUUUUUGUCUGAAAAGCAACUGCAGACUGUAAACUUCCGGCAGAGAAAGGAAUCUCUUGUUCAUGACUUGGUUCUGCUCUGUGAGGAGAAGUGUGCAAGUGUCCAUGACGCAGCCCUUUUAGACAUCAUUUAUACUCAAUUUCAUAGGCACCAGAAAGUUUGGGAUGUAUUUCAGAUGAGUAAAGAACCAGGUGAAGACAUUGAUCUUUUUGAUAUGGAACAAUUCAAAAGUUCAUUUGUGAAAAUUCUUCGGAGAGCAUUAAAAAAUGUGACGGUCAGCUUCAGAGAUGCUGAGGAGAAUUCAGUAUGGAUUCGAAUUGCCUGGGGAACACAGUAUAGAAAGCCAAACCAGUACAAACCUGUUUAUGUGGUGUAUUACUCCCAGACUCCCUACGUCUUCACUUCCUCCUGCCAGCUGAAGAGCAAUAUACCCCUUCUGGGUCAGGCACUGACAGUUGCUACCAAUCACCAUAAGAUUGUGAAAAUGGACCUCAGAAGCCGGUAUCUGGACUCUCUGAAGGCUAUUGUUUUUAAACAGUAUAAUCGGAACUUUGAAACCCACAACACCACUGUACCUCUGCAGGAAAGAACCCUGGAGCUGGAUAUACACAUGGAUUCGCGGAUCAUUCAUGAAAACAGAAUAGAAAAAGAAAGAGUCCAGAGAGUGACUCAAGAAACUUUUGGAGACUAUCCUCAACCAAGACUAGAAUUCGCACAAUAUAAGCUUGAAACGAAAUUCAAAAGUGACUUCAAUGGAGACAUCUUGGCGGAGAGAAAAGAGCCCCUCCGGUGCCUAAUAAAGUUCUCCAGCCCGCAUCUCCUGGAAGCAUUGAAAGCCUUAGCACCAGCUGGUAUUGCAGAUGCACCACUUUCUCCAUUGCUUACUUGCAUACCCAAUAAGGGAAUGAAUUAUUUUAAAAUUAGAGAUAAAUAAGAUGUAUGUGGUUUUGGAAGCA